AUGACGAGGACCGGUCCGUUCAUCCUGUGGCUGCUGCUGUGGCAGAUGUCGCUGGUGCAGUCCAGCGUCUACCGGAAGAAUGUGGUGGUGUUCGAGAUCGGGGGCAACACGGUCAUCGCGGGCAACCGGAUCGAAUACGUGGAGCCCGACUGCGAGUCCGGCUUCGAGUGCACAACCAAGAAGACCUGCGCCCAAGCCAACACCGCGCCCACCCUCAGCGCCGACUCCAAGUACUUUUCCUGCUGCCGCCUCGGGCGGAGGCUCCUAGGGAGCCCCGAGACGGCGUUCGACUGCUGUGCGGCGGACCAGGAGCUCGUCGGCGCCGCCCACACCGGGUACCGCUGCUGUCGGCAGGGGCAGACCUACGACGGGCAGGCGUGCAAGGGCGUCUGUCCGGCCGGAAAGGAGUGGGUGGAGGAAGAAGACGGAUGCGUCUGCGCCCAGGGCACCGAGGAAGCCGACAAUGGCACCUGCAGGCCUCUGAAAGACGAAGGCCCCGGCCUCGUGUCUGGACACUGCUAUAGCUUCACCUCCAUGGGCGGCGGUCGUCUGAGUCUCCACGCCCAGGUCCCCGAUCAUCAAACCCACCACGUCAGCUCCGAGUCCCCCCUGGACCGGUUCCGCCUGUGUGUCGACGAGGAUUGCAUCCCCGGCCAAUCCGUCCACCUGGGGGACAAGUUCUACAUGGCCGCCGCCGCCGCCGCCGUCACUCCGGAUGGCAGCCCGGCCCGACGACGGCAGUGGUGGAACAAUGCCCAGAACGGCAGCCAGAUCGGUCGCACAACCGACUUCACGGCGGCUGGCGCGUUCACGCUGCGCCAGUGGUCCUGUGGCGCGUAUUGCCUGGGGGGGGUUCGGUGGGGGGUGGGACCGUUUUGCUCCGAGGCGGCGGAGUCGGCCCUCAGCUUCUACCCCGGCGAUCCGCACAUGUGUGUGGCUGUCGACCUGCGCGAGGUCCCGUGCAGUGGCCGGAGCGAGGACGACGAUGAUGAUGCUGCUCCUGCGGGGAAGAAGAAAUCCAAGUGCCGGUGUGGCCACGAUGAGCUGUGA